AACAACUCCGAGUCCGACCAUCCCCCCAACACCGCAAAGAUGGCCUCCCGAAAACCCAUCACCAACCAAGGCGUCCUGAUCGACACGACGCCACUGCCCGACAGCAUCCCCAAAGUCAAGGAGCUGGGUGCGAGUUCGGCACCUCUUCUGUCGGCGUCAUUCUUCAUCGGUGCCCGCUGCCGCGACUACAACGAUGACUACAUGCAGUGCAAGACCGAGAACCCAGGCAACGGCGAGGCCGCAUGUCUGAGGGAGGGACGUCGCGUCACCCGCUGCGCCCGCAGCGUGGUUGAGGACAUCAACAAGAGCUGCCUCGAGGAGUUCCGCAAGCACUGGCAGUGCCUCGACAACAACAACCACCAGCUGUGGCAGUGCCGACCGGCCGAGUGGAAGCUGAACAAGUGUGUCUACGAGAACCUGGGUCUGGAAAAGACGAUUCCCGACCAGCCAACGAACAAGACGCCGGUCCACCUCCGCCGGCACCAGAUUUACGCCCAUUACGACAUCCCGCGGAACCAGUUGCCGUUUAUUCCCGAGAAGAAGGACGCGUCAAGUUCCUAA